AUGCCAGAAGCUGAUGAAAAUUGCAGUAGUGUAAUAUUCAAUGGGAAUAUUUUGAUUUCUGGAUUUAUAAGUAAAAAUCUUUUGUUAUACUCAAUUGAUAUUGACUCUUUCUCGACCUUUACUUAUGAGUUUCGGGCAAAAUCAAUAAAGGCCUUGAUAAGUGCAGAGAGACUAUAUUUGAUUGAAUGACCUGGAUCAAUCUAUGAAAGUGAAAUUGGAAGUUGUAUGGAUUGGAGAUUACUACAAGACUUUGGCAUCGCAAUUCCCAACCAAGUGAACUGUUUAUAUAAUAAAGGAGGAAUAUACAUAUAUAUUUGCUUAGAGAGAAGAUUUUACUUCAAGUUUGAUUUGAACGAGAAGAAAAUGAUUUAUUUAUAA